AUGCAAAAACUAACGGAGCGCAUAGAUGAUCUGAAGCAGAGAAUCGCUGCUAGGGGAAAGCGGAUUCGGCAAUAUACCGAGAGGUCGACUCGGUUCAACCAGAAUCGUCUCAUGCAGAGUGAUCAAAAGAUGUUCUAUGAAUCAUUGGAGCGACCAAUGGCAAGUGGAAGGGGCCCAGCACUGAAUCAGGCCGACACUGUAAUAUUCUGGCGCGACCUGUGGUCAGAGCCCGUAAACCACAGCGAGGACUCUUGGACGAAAGUUGUGGAGAGUCAAUGUGCGGGUAUUACGCCCAUGGACCCCGUCAUCAUAACGCCGGAUGACGUAGCUGAGGCGGUCCGUAGGGCCCCGUACUGGAAAAGUCCGGGGCUUGACGGGCUGCAUCACUACUGA